GGGCGUGUCUUAAUCUGUCAAACUAACCGAAGAAAAACAAAAACAAACCGAAGGCUGUGAGGCUCGGUGGACGGAGGAUGGGAACUGGAAUUUGCUGAGCUGUUGAAAACAUUCUUUCCUCUGAUCUACAUCUGAGCUGCUGAGCCAUGGAUUCCUCUGAUGAAGAGGAGGAGCGCACCUUCAUCCGGGUCCUCAGUGAGAAGUAUAACCCAGAGAACUUCCCCUAUGGCCAAGGUGUGGUGGUUCUGCCCAGCCCUCCAGGAUCCCCUGUUAAAGACCGUCUGUUCUUGCCCAACUUUCUGGUUCUGAAUGACUGUGGGAUCAGUAAAGCUGGCAACAGGUCUGAUAUUGAAGCUUUCUGUGCUCAUGUGCUAGAACUGGAUUUGGCCUACAAUCAGUUAAAUGACUGGGGAGAGAUUAGCACCAUCGUUUCCAGCAUCCCUCGCCUGGACUUCCUCAACCUAAGCAUGAACCCACUGAGUGGUGUGCAGCUGCAGCCCAGCGUGGCCGACGUCUUCUCUCGCGUUCGACGACUUGUCCUCAUCAACACACAAGUCAGCUGGGACACCGUGCACACACUCACACAGCACACACCAGAGCUGAAGGAGCUCUUUCUGUGCCUGAAUGGCUACGACACAGUGUCAGAAUCCCAGGCAUCCUGCCCAUCACUGAACCUGCUGCAGAUCACAGGCAACCAGCUCCAGGACUGGUCCGAAGUCAGGAAGUUCGGCCUGCUGUACCCCAGUCUGAGCACACUGGUGCUUGCCAACAACGGCCUCAGCUCUGUGGGGGACACCAAGGAAACACUGGAGCAUCUUUUCCCCAACUUGCGCAGCAUCAACCUCAACAACUCAGGUCUCAGUAAGUGGGAGGACAUUGAAAGGCUGAGCUUCUUUCCUAAACUGGAGGACGUCAAAGCUCAGGGGAUUCCGUUAUUACAGACAUACAGCACCCAGGAGAGACGCAGCCUCCUUUUAGCACAACUGCCAUCCGUGAUGGUUUUAAAUGGGAGUGCAAUUUCCAAAGGGGAGAGAGAAGACGCAGAGAGGUUCUUCAUCAGAUACUACCAGGACUGUCCUCAGCGGGAGCUUCCUCAGAGGUAUCACAUCCUUGUGUCAAAAUAUGGUAAUUUGGCCCCUCUGGUAGAGGUGGACCUGAGUCCCCGCUGCACCUCGGUGGAUGUCCGCUUGGGGGACCGGGUGGAGCGAGUCAGUCUCCGCUUGGAGCAGACGGUGGGUGACCUAAAGAAGCAGCUUAAAGGUCUGCUGCAGCUGCCAACAAACGGGAUCAGGCUGUUCCACAUCGACAAAGAGAUGAGUUCAGUGUUCGGACCCGAGGAGAUGAAGUGCAGCUUCCGGGCCCUUCACUCCUACAGCAUCCAAGACGGGGACGAGAUUCUUGUGGUGCCCAAAGUGAAAAACCGCUGCAGCUCCUCUGAUUUCUGAGAAAGGGCUCUGUAGCUUUGGAUGAGAAAUUAAAAAUCUAACAGAGACUAAUCUUUAAUUUAGUAAAGGUUUCUCAGUGCUGAAUGUAAGUGGAGAUAUUUUGUUAAAACAAAAAACAAAAAGAGUUGCACAUUGAA